GCAGCCCUGCAGGUACUUCCUGUAUCAGCUCACACCAUUAAAGCGACAAGCACCUUAUGUGGCUGCUUAUCAUAAAGAAAUUCAAACGGUUUAUUCAAAUCACUUGGAAAAACCGAACCAAAUAUCGGAAGCAAAGGCAUGAUUGAUGACAGAUAAACUGAGGCCAUGAAGUCAUUAUGGAUGAAUCACUGAAGCAAAAGUAACAUGAUUUAUCUGAUGACGCUUUACACUGCUGCUGUGAUUAAUGGACUCACAAACUGUAGUGAGAAAAACCUAAUGAAAUUAGAAUUUGAAAUUUGGUUUCAUUUGAAUAGCCAGACACCCGUGCAAAUAGCAAAUCGAUGCCUCUGCCUAGCUACGAUGUACUUAAUCAGUUCACAUUAUUCAAAGUCUGCCAAUACACUGAUGAAUAUAACACACCAGACUGUCUGCUGGGGAAUAAUCUGUUCUGCUAUUGUGCUGAAAAAACCUUUAUAGCUGCUACUGCACUUUUUCCUCUCGGCGAUUAAAAACACAUUGACCGUAGAAUUAUAUCAACAGACAUAUUACUGCCUGAAAAUCAACAUUAGUCACAGGGAUGAGAUAUCCGAUCCAAACCACAGGGAUUAGUCACGAGGGAAGAGGGACAAGGCUAAGCAAAGCUAAAUAAGGGUUUACUGUUACACCUUUUGAUUCCUGCUUAGGUGUGUGAGACAGUAUCACAUGUCAAAUACAGCUUUGUGUCAUCAAAACAAACCAGGAAACUGUCAAAUUCAGCUCAGCAAAUCCGUCUGAGAACAAAUCCCCUGCUGUGGAGGGUGACAGGGGUGGAUUAUAAAGGUGAUAUCAAAGCCUGAGGUGCAGGGAAACCUAUCAAAGUAGAGACUUUUAAAGAGAUGACUCACAUAUAUAAUGUGUGCCUAUGUGAGGUGAAUGGGUAUAACUGACAGCUUCCAGUUAAAUGGUCUAUCAGUGAUGGCAGUUGUAUUGUUCAGUCUCAUUUCCUGCAUGUUUGUGCAGCUGUACAUCAUGUUUACUGUACUGAAUGUGUGUUGAAAUUGCGGAUUUGAUCCUGGUCACAUCAAGUCUACCAACACAUUGGGUGGAUGCAGGUCUCUUUUCAUCACAAAAGAGGAUUCAUAGACUUCAUAGUUAUAGGUAAAUAAUCAUAGAUAAUGGUAAUAAAGUGGAGAUGGAAAUGACUUGGAAAGCAACAUUUACUAGGUCCUAAUAAAUGACAAAAAAAGGACCAAAGCUAUCUGUAUGCCAUAGGCUGUGUUGUUUUUCGGUUAAGAGGAGAUAAGAUAUACUUCUAUUGGUCCCAGUUUGGGAAAUUAUCUUUGAACUGCAGCACAUACACAAUUGCAGAUUAAUUGAAAAUUAAAUAAAAUACAAAAUAAACAUCAACUGCACAAAUAUAUAUGUAUACACAGACAAAAAAAAAUCACAACGAGAAAUUACGAUUUUCUUCCGGCUACAUUUGAACGCAGCAUCUGCAAAUUCUGUCGCGUGCAACAGUUUUGCCGCGGUACACAAAUUACAGUUUGGGGAAACAGAGCAGGUAAAGAAAAACACAGAUUAAAAAAGAAAAAACGUAUCAGGUAUAACCGAAACAACGCAAAAAUAUUACAAAUAUUAUAUCAAGACAUAGUUUAAACCUUCAGGUAAUUUAGAGGUUUCGUAAGAGUCAAUAAGUCACUGCUAACGCUUUCUUUAGUCUUGUUAAGCUAGCUCACCACUUAACAAAACCUGACAAGUAACUGCUGUUUAUUUGUUUUAAGCAGAGGUUUUGAAAAUAAGGCCACCACAACUUUAACUCAUUGUUUAUUUGUUUGUCUCAUUACAGUGACUGUAAAUGUAUUAAAAACUGGACUCUGAAGUGGUUUAAGUGAUGAUUUGAUGACAUGGCUGCCCAGACGUUCAUUGCCAUCUCUGAGCUGCACCCCAACCUCUCUCAUCCGAAACUGACAGGCAUCGUCAUUGGGAAAUCUGAUGUCAAAAGCUUUCCUGACAGAAAAAAUAUUGGUGUGGACAGAUUCACGUUUGGAUUCACUAUCAAGGACUCGCCUGACUUCUUCAUUAAUGUCACAGCAUGGGGGAACGAUGUAUACAUCAAUGGGCUCUCCAACAGCUUCAGCACCGGAGACUGUGUCAUCGUUGAAAAUCCUUUAGUUUCCUGCAAAGACCCGGAGAAAGGGGACAAAUUCUGUCCCACAACACCGAGCCUCUACAGGCUGAUGGUGACGGAGGCUCAUUCCCAGGUGUCUCUGUGUGUUGUCGACCGGCUGCUGCCUCUGAUCCACCUGCCAGUGAAAGACUCUGGAGAUUUCUACUCUCUGGGAGACAUUGUGGCCAACGGGCAGAGGCUGGAGGGCAUGUUGAUAAAUGUACUGGCUGCUGUGAAAUCGAUUGGAGAGCUGAAGCAGUUCAUCACUUCAGACCAACGCAAAGGGCAGCGGCUGGAAGUGAAGCUCUUUGAUGACUCCGUCUCCUCCUUCCCUCUCGUCUGCUGGGACAGAGAAGCUAUUCAGCUCGUGCAAACUUUGAUACCCAAGGAGACGGUGCUCUUCAUAGCGGACGCAAAGAUUGGCUUUGACAGCUUUCGCAACGGCAUGACAGCAACGAUUAACGCAAAAACUAUUAUCACUGUCAACCCUGACACCAGAGAGGCCAGUCUGCUGUUCAGCUACGCCAAAGAAGUGGCAGAGUCUGGAGCUCUGGAUCAGGACGAGAAACCAGAGGAUGUGCCUGUGGAGUCCAUCACGGACGUGUACACAGUGAGCCAGCUGAAGCAGAGGGCCCAAGAGACUUCUGAAAUGUUCUUCGGGAUAACAUACAGCUUCAUCUCCAAACUCGACCUGGACUCUUCUGUUUCCAAACUCAUCAAGACUCGCUGCUUCAGGUGUAAGUUCAUGGUGAUGCAGGAUGAACUGAGCUGCACCAACCUGAUGUGUCCGGGGAGGGAUCAGGUCUUCUUCAGCACCACUGGCUUCGACCUGCUGGUGGACUUGACAGACCACACCGGCACCCUGCAUGCCUGCGCCCUGAGGAGCCCGGUGGCAGAGAAGGCUCUCGGCUGCACGACGGACGAGUUUACCAGUUUGACUGAUGACGAGCGGACGGCAAUGAAGUGGAAACUCCUUUUGGAGAGAAGCAAAAUAUAUGUGAAGAUCAUCCCCUCGAUUAAAAUGAAGAGUGGGAUGAGGGCGGUGGUUCUGGACUGUUCUGUGGCUGACCCAGGAGAGGUGAAGCAGCACAUGUCCGCCCUGCUGCUGCAGCCCUGAUCAUAACACAUGCUGCAGAUACUUUACAGUUCUGAUGGAGAUUUUAUAGAGGGCAAUAGUCAUUUUAACGUGUGUAAUUUGGGUUUUUUGAAUAUUACAUUCUUUGCACUAUUUAUUUAUUUAUUUAACUUAUUUAAAUUAAGAAUAUUCCGUUGGCUUGAGCGCUUAAAACUGUUGAAUGAACUAACUUAUAUGUUGCACAAUAAAAUAAAGUUAUGUGUAAACCAGCCGUUAUUGUUCCACAACAGAAUUAAAUAACAGGACCAUAAUAAGUUUAAUUACUGACUUGUGUACUGACCCAUGCAUGUUGACUAAGUAAUACUUCAACCAUCUUAAUUGUUUAGAAUUCCAAAUAAUAUCCUGAUUAGGAUAUUAAAGGACCCCCAUCACCCCAGCAACAAUCUGUUCUGUCUGCUGCCGUCUGGCAGACGGUACCGCAGCAUCCGGACCAAGACCACCAGACUCAGAGACAGUUUUAUACCACAGGCUAUAAGACUACUGAACUCCUGAGCUGUGUGAAUGUCUACUCACAUCUGUUUAUAGUACACACAUACAUAUAUAUUAUACACAUCUGCCAUACAUAUCUGUUUAUAGUACACAUAUCUAUAUAUUAUACAUAUCUGCCAUAUACAUCUGCUAUACAUAAUAUAUGCAUCUGUCCAUACCUCCUCAUUCAACAGUGUAAAGUAUUUAAAUACUUUCAAUGUAUUCCACAUAUGUAUAUAUUUCACAUCCUCAAAUCUUUAUUGUUAAUAUUGUAAAUAUUCUUCUCUCUUUUUGCACUACUUUAUUUAUCUUUUGCACCAUGCAUGUUGAGUUGUUGGAGGAGCACGCGACAUAAGAUUUUCAUUGCCAACAUAUACGCUGUAUCUGCUGUGCAUAUGACCAAUAAAACCUUGAAACCUUGAAACCUUGAA